GUCAGUCAUCUCGCAGCAGUCAGGCAGAGGUGGAGAGAGAGAGCUCUUAAAAACUUCGAGCCCCACCUGACAUCAUCAAAUCGCUUAGAGUCCAGACACGCUGGAGCCCCUCGCGUUUCAUCUCGCCAGAAUGUCCACAGAGAGAAAUGCCGACUUGGAGCUGGAGCUCGGGGACUUGCUGCAGGAGUUCCAGGACGUGGUGGAGGAGUUGAGGGCCCCCUCCCACAGAAACCCACACACUUACCAGCAGCUGCUGCAAGAGGCCAAGACUCGCACCGUGUCGAAAGACGACGGGGUGAGCGACAGUGGAGUUGAGGAUUCUGAUUACAGCAGCGAGGCUUCUUUAGGGAACAGUCUGAACACCAGCGAGGAGGAGCUCCACACAGCAGGCAUAACGCUGGCUACCAAAGCCAAGUUGGGAGACACGGGGGAGCUUCAGAGUUUCAUCGAUAGCUUGGACAGAGAGAUUUCUGGCAACUAAAUUCUUUCCGCUUUCUCUGUCUGACAGAGAUGUGAGCAGAGAGCGAGAGAGAGAGAGAGAGAGUGAGAGAGAGCAAGCGAGCGAACGAGCGAGAGAGAGACGUGGAUGAGGAGAACAGGCCAGGGGCGACGUGGCGGGCUACUGCCGAGCAAACAGGCACAUCUAAACCAGAGCAGAUCUGAGCGAGCAACCUCUCCCCUGGCUGCUACAGGGGAAAAGGUUAACAUCUUAGAAUUAAAGGGCAUUUUGUUCCCCAGCGCUGGAACACCAUCGGACCCCUGGCAAUACUGCAUCCACUCAGCAAGACAGCGUCCCCACAGCAUUAAAUCCAGGAUGUGUGACAUAUUCUGAAACCAGACAGAUCUUCCAUCUGUCAGGGCGUAUGAGAGAAUACUGUCUAGAGGAAAGAGGCCCUGUUUAUGCCAAGUUUAAAAUUCACUCAAAACCCGUGCUUGCAAAUGCUUCAAAACUUCACUGCCUUAUAAUGUAUAUAUAUAUAUAUUUUCAAAUCAAGAAAAUGGAAUUUGUUUCAUUCUCUUGUCAAGUUAAGAUAUUCAGCUUUUGACAGAUGUCAUCUUGAGUUGGAGGUGUUCAGAUCUUUGUGCAAUAUCAGGUGCUGUUUGUAUUCUGAAUAUUUUUUUUAUGUACAGUUUUUGUCAAUAUUCCUGUUUCAUAUUGUAAGAUGUUGUACAUAUGGUGGCAUGCAGACAAUGCCUUUGGCAGAUGUAAUGAUGAUAUUGCACAGUGGAGUGCACAUUUCAAUAAAACUACAUAUCAAUUGC